AUGUCCUUCCAAGACGUCCUCGGGCAGCUCCCUCUGCUGAAGAGCUACACGCACAUUCUCCUCGUCUUCUCCGUCGCCAACUCCCAACACGAGUCAGUCCUCGAGUCUUUACAAUGCGCGACGAAGCGCCUCCUAUCAGCAUUCCCCUUCCUCGCUGGGGUCGUAGUCCAUAAGGACAUCCACCCCGGCCGCUCCGGCACAUUCAGCGUCGACUUGCCUAACGGGGCCGGACAAGUGACCCAAGCUUUGCAUAUCAAAGACCUCUCCUCCAUCCUCCCGGACUAUGUCACUCUCCAUGCCGCCAAAGCACCCCCCGCCAUGCUCACGGGGGCCCUAGUCGCACCACCCCGCCCUGCGUUUCCGCGCGUCUAUACCGAGUCCACUGCACCGGUUCUGGAAAUCCAGGCAUCGCUGAUCAAUGGUGGGAUGCUCCUUACCCUAGCAGCUCAACACAACAUCAUCGACGCAACGGGGAUCUUCUACAUCGCCCAUGUGCUAGCGAAAACCAGAGGUGAAGAUGGGAAAUAUCAAAAGGAAGAACCUCAUCCCACUCCUCCCAAACUACCAGCCAUUGCCGAAAGAAAUGGACGUCUUUACACAGAACCGCCCGACACAGCUAAGCAGAGAGAUAUUGUCCGAAUACAAAUGGACGCUCGUGCACUUUUCCAGCGAGGCCCUAAAGGCCAUCCACGACGAGGCAUCGUCUACCCCAUCGGAUUUCGUUCACGGGGUCUCCAGCGUCUCGGUGAACGAUGCGCUGACGGCAUGGGUCUGGCGGCGCCUUUCUCUCGUCCGAGCUGCGCACAGGAAGAAUAA